AUGUCACAUGUGUACCCCCUGUGCACAGGGCCUGUGGCAGGGGCUUGUAGCCUCGGCAAAGGGCGAGUUUUGGUGUCUGUGCAAGGCGAUGGCGUUACCUGUUAUGAUGUAGACACCAGGAAGCCCGUGGCGGCCUGGGCGCUAGGCGCCACGGAGCAGGAGUUCAGCAGCGCCGCGGUCUACGACUAUGCCACCAACGUGUGCUACGCGCCGGUGCGGCAGCGCGGCACGGCGUCGGCGGGCAAGACCGGCGGCAGCGUGCUGGCCUGGUCGGCCGACGCCACCGGCGGCAGCAUCACGCAGCUGGCGCGGUCCAUGCACCUGCCCGCCCUGCACGCCCUCUUCCCCGUGAGCCACACGCCCGAGGGCGAGGAGGAGGAGGCGGCGGCAGCCGAGGCGGAGGAGAAGGCUGAGGCGGAGCAGGUGGACGGCAGCGGCGCGGCGGUGCCCGGUGCGGUGGCGGUGUUUGCCGCGGGCGGCGCGGCGCUGUGCAGCGGCACCGAGGUGGUGGCGGAGGCGGAGGAGGCGCGGGUGGUGCACACGGUGGCUGCAGCCUACCAGCGAGGGGUGCUGGUGGCGGUGCAUGCCGAGCCGCGCGCCGGCGGCGCCGCCAGCGCCACCGUCUAUCGCGUGCAGGGCGGCAAGCUGGAGGUGGAGCCUGCGGUUGAGCUGGUGGCUCCCAGCGCCGGCUGCCGCGCCGUGGCGGCCGCCACCACGGCCGAGCGUACCGCCGUGCUGUGGUCAGAUGGCACGGUUGCUUUCUACCUGGUGCCUGGCGACAAGCGGCCGCUGGUGCCGGGCCCAGACCACGCCGGCCCCCGCCGACGGGCCGCGGUGCAGCGGCGGCUGGCGGGCUUCCGCCUGCCGGCCGGCAAGCAGAAGGGCGGCGGCGGCAAGAAGCGCGGCGCCGCGGCAGAGCCCGAGGCGGCGGCAGGCGGCGUCGCCAUGGCGGCGAUGGGCGAGAAGCAGGUGGCGGUGGUGGGCUGGGCGGCUGGCAGCGAAGGCGCUGCUGUGCUGCGGCUUGUGGUGCUGGAGCAGGCGGCGGCCUGCGUGCAGAUUGCCCACGACUUCAGCGCAGCAGAUGUGGGCCUGGCUGCCCUGGACCCCAGCAAGCCGGUCCAGGUGGGCAGCCUGGGCCCAGGCAGCAACCAGCUGGCGGUCACAGUGGGCACCGCUGUGCUGAUUGUCACCUGCUCCGACCUGAAACCUCCCACCCUGGUCAACCUGCUGGGCGCGCUGUCAGUUGACAAGGCGCUGGCGGCCGCACGGCGCGGCGGCGGCGGCGGCGACGCCGCCGGCAGCGGCCUGCUCCCCCUGCCGCCGCCGGCCGGCGGCGGCGGCGCGGCCGGCGCGCUGCUGGGCUCCACCGCGGCGGUCAGCCCAGCGGCGGCGGCCGCGGCCCGGGUGCUGCACGGCGACGAGCUGGCGGCGCUGUGCGCGCCGUUUGGCGGCGCGCUGCGGCCUGUGGUGGUGGACAUGCAGCUGGAGGAGCCGGAGCAGCCCGGGCAGUGGCUGGUGCGAGCCAGGGAGGUGUCCGUGAGGUGCACGGAUGCAGAGGGCGACGCGGCGGUCGCCGCCGAGGAGCGGCGCGUGUGGCAGGCGGUGCAGCAGCCCGCGGCGGCGGCGCUGGGCAGCGACGCGGCGCUGCGCGCGGCGCUGGAGCCGCUGCUGGAGCUGCGCCGCCGCACCGGCCUCCCCCUCUCCCACCGGCUGCUCUGCGGGCUGCUCAUGCUGGCGGCAGAGCACCAGCACUGGGGCUCGGUGGCGGCUAUCCUGGAGGUGCAGCACCCCGGCCUGCUCAGCGAUGUGCCCGCCCUGGCGGCAGCGGCGGCCGACGCCGGCCAGCUGGGGGCCAUGGAGCGCCUGGUCUGCGGCAGCGGCGACACGCCGCCGGCGGAGGUGGCGGCGCUCCUGCACGUGCUGCUGUCGCCGGCCAGCGGCGAGGCGGCGGAGCGGGGUCGGAUAGAGCGGCACGAGGCCGCUGCCGCGGCGGCCGCGGCAGCGGCCGAGGCGGCGCGCCAGGCGGCGGCGGCGGGACCGCAGGCGCAGCAGGCGCAGCAGGCGCAGCAGCAGCAGGGCGAGGACCCGGCCACGCCCGGCCGGGCCUUGGGCCGCCGCCGGCGGCGGAGGGCAGCAGAAGAGGCCGACGCCGCGGAUGUGGCGGCGGCGGGCGGCGCGGCCGGGCAGCAAGGCGCCGAGUCUGCGCCGCCGCCGGUGGCUGCGCCGCUGGCGGUUCCCGGGGCGCGGGAGCGUGCGGUGUCGGCCUGCUGCCAGGCGGCAGUGCAGGGUUUCACACCCGCAGACAGCUGCCUGCACCCGCUGGUGGCGGCCCGCCACCGCCCCGCCACGCUGCGUGAGGCGCUGCGCAGUCUGCCCGCCCAGCAGGCGGUGCGGCUGCUGGGCUACCUGGCCGCGCUGCUGCGCAACCAUGCCCGCCUGGUGGGUGGCUGCGCCGUGGGGUGGCAGCCGCCGCUGGAGCUGCCUGCGGGGCUGGUGCUGCCGCGCAUGGGGCAGGCUCUGGAGUGGGCCAACGCCUUGCUGGAUGCCACCCUGGUGAAGCUGUCCCACGAGCCAGAGGCUCAGCCGCUGGUCGAGGAGCUGCACCAGGUGGUGGACCAGCAGGCGGCGGAGGCGCGGCCGCUGCAGCGCCUCAGCGGCGCCCUGGCCCAGCUGCUGGAGCAGCAGCAGCAGCAGCAGCAGUCGCGGUCGGUGGCACUCGCAGCAGACUACAGCGUGCAGUGGCUGGACCUGCGCAUACUUGCGCCAGAGCAGCGCGAUCAGCCUGGCCAGUAG